UCAUCCCGUCUACGAGCCAUACAAUCCGCUAUUUUGUUUAAAUCCCUACUGCAAUGCAUAAUCUUGAUCUCCUAGAACAUCUGGCGUAACUUCACGAUUCUUCAAGACUAUAUAUUACUCUCCAAAGUCAAAACCAAACGUAGAAAACUAGACUUACCAAUCACCAAUUCACCAUCCCAGUCUAUUUCUCUAUAGUCUAUGGCAAGAGCACUUACAUUGACAUUGCCACUUCCACACAUACAAUCACAGAAUCUGAAUCACCUUUUUAGCACCCAACCCAUAAUUAUUUCAUCGAAUUGGUCAUGGACCCGAAAUUCCAGCUCAAAAUUCUGUAAUUCUAAAAGUAAUUAUAUGAAUGAUGUAUAUAUUAUUAUUAGAGGACUCACCAGUUUUUCUGCUACUUCACUGCCUUCUCUUUCUUAUAAUCAUCUACCUCUUCGCUCGAAAUGCGAUUGUUUUCGUUUUUCUUCUCUUUCUUUAUUUCCUCUGCGCAGAUCUCGUGCAUCUUCUCUUUGGUUUUCAGUGAUGUCUUCCAUUGAUGAGCAUGCUCCAAUUGUUCAAGAUUCCACUAAAACGAUAAGAUGUAUGAUCAAGGGGAGAGUUCAAGGGGUGUUCUACAGGAACUGGACCAUUGAAAAUGCGACCCAGUUGGGUUUAAAGGGUUGGGUGAGAAAUAGACGAGAUGGGUCUGUGGAAGCUCUUUUUUCUGGCAAGGCUGUGGCCGUGGAUGAGAUGUUGCAACGUUGUCGUCGUGGCCCACCUGAGGCUAUGGUAACUGCUCUUGAAGCGAAUCCUUCAGAUGAGGAUCCUGGAGUAGGUUUUGAACGUAAACACACUGUAUGAGCUUACAACCUACUUUGAUGGAUUGCAUUUUAUAUAGCAGAAUGUUGAGAGUGAUUUUCUCUCUUACUUGUAGACUUGUAGCGAGCUGGUUUAAUUAAAUAAUACCAUACUUGUACUUGCAAACUACCAUCCUCAUGUUAAACCUCUUGUCUAGCUUUUACCAAUAACAUGGACACAUGGUUAUGAACUUAUGAUGUUGGCAUGUCAAA